AUGGCUUCUCUGCUCUUGUGCAUUGUCUUGUGCAGCUACUAUUCCAUUGCUUAUGGAGGUGGUGGUGACCAGAGCUUUGUGACUGUGCCAACCAGCUCUUUUGAGCCAGAGCGAGUUUGCUCCGGGGAGAGAGUGAUGUCGGAGCAGAACAACUCCGCCGUGUCCCUUCCACUAGUGCAUCGCCACGGUCCGUGCGCGCCGUCGAUUUCUCCAGACAAGCCGUCCUUCGCCGACACGCUCCGCAUCAGCCGCGCCCGCAUCAACCACAUCACGAGCGGAGUGCCGAGGAGCAUGGGCUCGCAUGGUGAUGAGAAAGCGAGCAUCCCCGCCCACCUAGGCACUUCCGUGAAGUCGCUUGAGUACGUCGUCACCGUGAGCUUCGGCACGCCGGCGGUGCCCAAGGUCGUCGUCAUCGACACCGGCAGCGACCUGUCGUGGUUGCAGUGCAAACCGUGCCGGCCCGGCGAGUGCUCCCAGCAGAAGGACCCCUUGUUUGACCCGAGCCACUCCUCCACGUACGGCUCCGUCGACUGCGGGUCCGCCCCGUGCAAGAAACUCACCGCCGACGCGUACGCCAACGGCUGCGCGAACGGGAAGCAGUGCGGGUUCCUCAUCUCGUACGCGGAUGGAACUAGCACGGACGGUGUGUACAGUAAGGACAAGCUCACGCUGGCGCCCGGGGUCGUCGUCAACAACUUCUAUUUCGGCUGUGGCCACGACAAGCGCGCGGUGCAGGGCUUGUACGACGGCCUCCUUGGGCUCGGCCGCCUGUCGGAGUCCCUCGCCUCGCAGUACGGCGGCGCCGUCUCAUACUGCCUCCCUGCUGUGAGCAGCAAGCCCGGGUUCCUCGCACUCGGCGCUGGGAAGAGCCCGUCGGGCUUCCAGUUCACGCCGAUGGGCAGGGUCCCGGGACAGCCGACGUUUGCCACGGUGACGCUCGCCGGGAUCACCGUCGGAGGCAAAAAGCUCAACCUCCGGCCGUCGGCGUUCCAGGGUGGCAUGAUCGUGGACUCCGGUACCGUCAUCACAGGUCUCCAGUCCACGGCAUACCAGGCGCUGAGGUCGGCGUUCAGAAGCGCCAUGGCGGCAUACCCGAUGGUUCCAAACGACCAUCUUGAAACUUGCUACAACUUGGCCGGUCACAAGAACGUCGUCGUGCCGAAGAUUGCCCUGACGUUCAGUGGAGGAGCCACGAUCAACCUCGACGUCCCCAACGGGAUCCUGGUGAAUGGCUGCCUCGCUUUCGCAGAUUCCGGCCUCGACGGUACCACCGGAGUCCUCGGCAACGUGAAUCAGCGCACGUUUGAGGUGCUGUUCGACACCAGCAGUAGUAAAGUCGGCUUCCGGGCUAAUGCCUGCUAA